UCAAAAAUGUCCAUCAUCUUGUUCCGAGUGAGGUUAAAUUUCGCAAUGGGUUUUCAAUUAGAAAACACGAUUUUAUAUUAAAUGUGAAGUGUAAUAAUCUUAAAAUGGAUUACGUUGUGUAAUCCAAACGUAGGUUUAAGGUUGUAGGCAGCUCAGGGCAGGCCCAAAAGCAUGUCAACUAUUAAAUUUAUCCUCAAGGACUUGGGUGUUAUGAAAUUAUGGAGUGUCUGGACGCGCAGGUGCAUUGUUAGUACGGUAGUGAAGCGGUGUAUGCGUGAUCGUGGCUUCAGAGAAGUUAUACUGCGUUUCAAGCAUACAAUCUUACGCCAGCGUAGGACUUUGAUGUUAGCGGCGACGGCCGCAUGCAAGAGCCAUUCAGAUGUCCCAAGCUGUGAUGAGGGGAUUAGCGACAAUGAAAUGCAGGCAUUGCUGUCAGAUUUGGAGAAUGUCCAAAGCCUGGCCAAGUUGACAUUGUACUGCACCAGCUGUGGCAAACGACUGGUGAUAGACAGGAAACAGACUGGGGUGCGGUAUUGUGUAUGCAAGGAUCCAAAGCCCUUGGGUGACUCCUUAGAAGGCUGGGUGCCAUACAUGGAGACUGAAGAUGUUAUAAUAUGGCGCAAGGAGUACAAGCCAGGAAAGGGUCUCUAUGCUUACAAAGUAUACGGGCGUUACCCAGAAGUUCAAGCGAGCGACUUUGCAGCGGUGCAAAUAGAUGGCGCCUACCGUCGCGUGUGGGACGCCGCGGUGGCAGCCCUAUCGGUUGUCGAGACCAACGCCAGGGGAGUGCCAGGGCAGGCGGUGUUACACUGGGAAGUACUUUGGCCGAGACUAUUCGCGAACCGUGACUACGUCUACAUAAGGCGGCAUAAAGAGUACGAUAUUAAAACGAAAUCGCCCGCACCAAUCAUUGAAGACAAACCCAUCUACUCUUCAUCCGACAAUGUACACUCGAAAGCGAAACGGAAAUCUUUAGAAAGCUAUGCGCGGGAGGGAGACAAACAGAUUAGUAACAAGGUGUACAUUAUAAUCAGCAAGUCGUGUGAACAUCCAGACGUGCCAGAGACCAGGAAUGCUAUACGGGUGUCUGAAUACUGGAGCCAUAUGGUUGUUAAGACUAUGGACGGGACAGAGAAGCCGGGUAUGGAGUUUGUCCUGACAUACUACGAUGAGCCGGCAGUGGGGGGCAUGCCGGGCGGAGUGACUGCCUGGGUGAGCAGUCGCGCCGCGCCUCAAUACUUGGACCAGAUGAGACGUGCUGCGACUGAUUACCGAGCCUGGGCCAAGGACCGAACCACGCAGGAGUUACCAGAUUUCAUCCCCUUUGGUCCAGACAAGGUCCAAAACGAGCUCGCAUUACAGAUACAGGAGCAAGAUAUGGAGUCGUCAAAACUGGGGCCCGAAUUAGAGAAUGGUGCAGCAACCCGCGACCAAAGCUCGCAAACUGACGAGUUUCUACUACAGAACUAUACACCCGCCAAAAAAGACGUGCCCAGUGACAAUGGAAACUCGACAGGAUCAAACAAAGAUAUAGAACAGAAGAGUGGAGAGGGAGAAAUCAAAUCAGAAGUUUUUGACGAUGCAGAGAAGAAUACAGAACUCAAUGAAGAGGGUAGUAAAAAUGAUGGAGGUGAUGAAAAGAAAGGUGGUGGUGGAAAGGUGAAGGAAACUGGUGAUAAGGAACCGGUGAAGGGUGAUGAGAAGACUUCGAGUGGUGAUGAAAAGGAGUCAAAUUCUACUUCAGAGGAAGAGAAAGAAGAGAGUGACAAAACUCCGGUAGAAGAAGAGAACAAUGGUGGAUGGUGGCGUUAUUUAUAUCCAUUCUACUAUUUCGUAUGACCUACGAAACUAAGUGUCAGGCCACACUAGAGACAUUUCAGUCGCAUUUGAUUUAAAAAAAUAGUACAGGUUUACCUCAGUGUAUACUAAUAUUUGACGCCUGCCAGUGACGUCGAAGUCUCGACGUUUU